GCCUUUUUUUAUUUAUUUAUUCCUACGUGAGCAGAGCCAGCACACUUCUUGCAUACAAACAGUGAAAAUUACGAUAUAAAGGACCUACUAUACCUUCUUUUGGAGUAACAUUAGUGCUAGUGAGUGGCUUGCCUACUUUUUAAGACUAAGAAGACAGAUUUUCUGCAGGUAAACCAAAAGCUUUCAGGAAACAGUUGCUGUUGUUGUGCAUGUCCUGGUUAUCUGGUCUGGAUCACCCUUCUGAUGCCACAGCAUGUACAGAACUUCCCCAAAGGAAACAGUCCCUUGGAUCUGACUGGCCUUGGAUCUGCAUGAACUGAAUAACAACUGCACGUCAAUAACUCAUCUCACUGAAACCCACUGGAUGGUGGAUUUUCGCCUGGUCAAAAGUGGUUACACAUUGCAUAACUGUUUGGGAAGAUUAGUUUCCUUUGCAACAUAAAAAGAUGGCUGAAGAAGAAAAACUCUCUCUGAAGAAAGCAAAUCAGUUUGGUAUUAAUGGAUAUAUUCCAGCAGUACAACUAUGCAAUGGAAAUGAAAAUGCCACCCUAAGUUAUUAUGGUUGUUGUUUAGACAACAUGCAAAUAAAACAUAUGUGAUUGGUCAGUCAUAAAAAAAGCCGGAUGACUAAUGGAGCUGACUGUCAAACAAGAGCCAUCAGAAAAGCCAUAGACUCAAUCUUACCUUUGAAUUAGUUAUGUGUAAGAAAAACAGCCUGUUACAACUUGGUAAUGCAAAGAUCACAUUAGCUUCAGAACACAAGGAUUUCAGCCUUCCCUAGAUACAAGAAAUCUCUCCUUCCAUUUGAUAUUUAACUUCUUUAUUUUAGUGUUUGGUCUAAUCAGCAAUUAACUCUGAAAAAGCAUCCAUAAAGAGAGUAUGUCAGUUAAAAGUCUACAUAAUGAGAAGAAGAAUGACAAACUUAGCUUCUUCAGGUGUAAGAUAUUCCUGUGCAUCUUAGGAACAACCAUAACAUACAGUUCAAACGACAAAUGAAAUGGCUCACAAAUAAACACGUUACUUACAGACUUUAAAUUGUGAUUCAAUGGCCCAGCAAAACAUGAAAAUGCGCCCAGUGCUACUGAAAAGGAACAGUCUAGAUUCAGCUGAUUUCAUGAGACAGCCACACCACCGCAGGAGCAAAUCUCAGCAAGUUCGAUUCAAGGAUGAUGGUGUGAACACAAAGGCAGAACUGGAUACUAAUCCUGCCCAAAAUCUAGCAUUCAGCACUGGAAGAACAGAAAUAUUUCAGGAUCACAAUUUUUUGCUGCAUCAAUCUCCAUCUUUCCCAAAAGCUCAGAAGGGGCUUCGGAAUAUUGCCAUACAAACAUCUCCCAGCCUCAGGAAACACUUCCCGGUUUUUAAAAAGAAAAAGCUGACAGUAAGCAAGUCAUUAACAGAAAUGCCAACUGAGCCUGCCAAUUCUAUCCAAGUAAAUGGCAAUAUUUCUGAACAAGACAUUAUGUCUUCGGAUCUCUGUUACUUAAGAAUAACUGAUCAUUUUGAAGAUGGAUUUAGGAAUAGUGAAGUGAAUGGUCAGUUAAGUCAAAGACCAUCAAAAGCACAAAGCAAUGGACCAAUCCACUCCGAUGAUUUCUCAGCAGCAGAGAAGACAACUGUUUCUACACAGGUACCUGAAUACAUACAUGUGAGUUUUCCACAAGACAGCAAUGUUUGCAGGGAUGCACCAAACACAACCAUGAAUUUAAGUAACUCACUACAUUCUUCUACUGUCAUAAAUGGAAACAAAAAUAAUGAAAACAGAACGCUGUCAUCUAAUUCUGAAAAACCAUACCCUUGCCUGAGCAAUUCUACUAACUGCAGUGAAUGUAAUCCACAUUCCGACUCUUGUGAAGCAGACAAAAGUGAUUCUGAGUUGCCUGUUACCAGUGAAGAUUCAAGCAGCAAGACAACUGCUCCAUUAUCACCUCCAUCAAACCACAGUUCAUCUCCUUGUUGCCUCAGAAACUAUCAACAGGCAGGAGAGCACAAAACGGAUUCAAGCUGUGCGACAUUAACAAACGAUGAUCACACAAUAAUGUCAUCGACAAGCAGUAAUGCGUCAAAAUCUAUUCUGUCAUGUAAUACUGAAAUCGAGAAAAAUUCUACCCAGUCGGAUGUCUCUCAGUGUAACAGCUGUUUAGAAGGAUUUCACACAAAGUCUUAUCUGCCAAGGAAUGAAAUAAAACCACAAAGCAAGACAGAGAUUAGCGAAAUAAAUCAAAUUCAUUUGGCACAUGGCGAACUCUGUGCCCUACAAGGCAGGCUGCAGUCUGUAGAGGAAUCCUUGCAGUCAAACCAGGAGAAGAUUAAAGUCCUUUUGAAUGUAAUCCAAGACCUGGAAAAAUCCAGAGCCCUCAGUGAAGGGCGUAAUUUCUAUCACACUGGUCAAGACCUCAACAACUGCAGCACCUGUCAGAACACUGCAUGUAUCAUUUACAGUGUGGAAUACGACUUCAGACAACAAGAAGGAAGAUUUCAUCAGAUUUUGAAAAUGCUGGACCACGUAGACCAAGAUCCAGCUUCAGCUUCACCGCAGAAGCUGCCACCUGAUCCCCCAGCUCCCGAGAAAAAGGAGUUCAGAAGAAAAACCAAAAAGGUGAAAAGAAAAUGCUUCUGGUGGAUUUGACUUCCUUAGGAAUCCUUUUACAUUUCAAAAGACACUGGAAGAGAAAGAGGUCGGAGAGCACACGCCUGAAAAUGUGCUAUUACAGAACUGCAAAGCUAAAGAAUGUUUAAUUAGAGUAUCUGAAAAACCAAAAGUAUUGAAUUUACUUACAUCAUCUCACUGAGCAAAGGCACAUGAAGAUGCUGUUUUCAAAAAGAAAUGGUUUCUUUCAGAAGGAAGCUCUCAUUUUUGACAAGGACACUUUCAUAUGCUUUGUAAGGACAUUUUUUUUCAACUUUCCAAAAAUAAAGAGGUUUAAAUAUCUACUUUAAAAAAAUGGUGGUAAACACAGCUAAUGGUGCCACACACUCUUUAAUUCCUAUUUAUAAGCAAAAUGGACUGAAAGUAAAAAACUUCAUUGAUCUUUAAACAAACUGCAUAAUCAAGAACAAAUUCAGGGAAAUCUACAUUUUUCAAACCAAUCUCUCUUCAAAAGAGACAAUUAAAAUUAUUUCACAUCACCACUGAUUUUUUUUUCUGUCAUCUAACAUUUAACAACAAAAAAAUGAAUUUCAGGUUAAGUUUUAUUCUGUCCUUUUAUUGGUUCCAUUUAAAAAUCACCCAUUUAGAAGUUUUAGCUGUUUAACAAGACUUCUUUGAAAAAGAGUCAUAAGACAAUAGAAUAUCUCUGGAAUUCGAGUGUUAAGUCCCUACUCAAAUAAGGUCCAACUAGGUGAAUUUGAGCUUUGAGUGUCUCCAUAGACAAGGAUCCACAACCUUUUGGCGCAAGCUGUUCCAGUUGUAUUCUUAACUUCUGAUCUGAAUUUCCUGUGUUCUAACUUUGGUCCAUUACAUCUUGCCCCAUCCAAAAACACCUUCCAGAAGAAUGAAAUGGAUAAUAAAGCCUCUCUCCUAAGCUUACACUUAUUAAAGCCUGAACAAAUGCAAUUUUCACUGUCUCUCCUCACCUUUUACGUGCAGGUGCACUCACCUUGGCACUCUCCCUUCAGUAACUCAUGUCUUUCAUCUAUCUGGAAGCCUAAAACUGGACACAACGCCUCAGAUGCCAUCACACAACUGCUGAACAGAGGAUAAUAACCGUUUUGGCUACAGUCUUGCUAAAUUAUUUAAGACCUGUCCCUCUAUACCAAAAUGUCCCAAGAUGUGGGGUUUUUUUGCCUUAAGAUAUAAGUUGAUACAUGAUACAAAACUGAUAAUAAAAAAUACUAUUUAAUGAACUUAUCUGUAUUAUAUCCAAAAAAUAUGUGUAUUGAAAGGAUUUUAUCAGAUGUCAAUGCAUCUAUUUCUUUCCUUCAAAUAUAAUUGAGUUACCAGCUAGCACAGAGUAUGACAAUGUAACCUAAUAGUUGGUGAUAUUAUUAUUUUGCUCAUAAAAACAUGGGUACGUUUCAUAUGGGGGGCAGAGGGGAAAAGGCUUUUCCAAAGCAAAUUUAAAGGGCACCCUGAAACCCCAAAUAAUGUAUUUUAUGUUUAGUGGAAUGUACUGCAGACCUUUUCUUAGAAGUGACUCUGGUUAAUUAGUUCAAAUGGUGCCAGGGUAUUCAAUAAAUUAACUCCUGGAUCCUAUUUUUCUAACUUAUAUUGUAUUAACUGUUCAAUGUUAGUUCAAAAUGUCUGUACACUUUUUGUACAAUUCUGUGUUCCUUCAAUUCUUAGGGUUAAUUACACAUAUAAAAACACAUUAAAAACAAUUUUGCACAGAAGAA